AAAAAAACGUAAUAGAUAGGGUAAGUGGGUUGGAUAAUUACGCAUCAGGUGUCAUCAAUACUGAAGACGCCUCUGUUAACCCUCCUCCAAUUAUUUUUAGUUCAAAAAUUUAUCAUCGAAGCAACAAGAUUUAAACUCUUAGAAAAGACUGAAAAAAUGUCUUAUGGAAGUGUAUCGUCCACUCAAGCGUCGCAGGCCGCUGAUAGCGAAAUCUACCAACUUCGACCUUGGCAUCUUCUCAUUAUCUGCGCAGCUCUUUUUGCUCAAGAGGUGGUCAUCACGAACGAGCUCAUCUACAUGGUCACGUGGGAGAAGCUUCUUGGGGUUCCCUUGGAGUAUGUGUCACUGUCGGGGGUCAUUUCUGGAAUUAUUGGUUUCAUUUCAAUCCCGUUGAUGGGUAGAUUUGGAGAUAAAGGCAAUCGAUUGCGAAGGAAGACUCUUCUGGUAAUCGGCAGUGGCUGUUGUAUCCUUUUAGGAUCAUGUUGCAUUUUUGUUGGGUUUAUCAUCAAAUUGCUGGUUUUACACAACUAUGACAAUAGCCAUCCCAGUCUGUCUGCGUGGAAUCAAACCUGCCAGAAUCAAAAUGUCGAAUAUUUUGUUAACGAAACAAGUUUAAAUGAGACCAAUAGCCAAAUACUUUUAGAUCCUGAGUACAUGUUUCAAGAUGAUCCUCUCUCCAGACUCACCAGUGUCUUGGCAGUGGCAACUUUUGUCUUUAUAGAUUAUGGUUUCGACACUGGUUCCCCAAACAUUAGAAGCUACAUGCUAGAAUGUGUGCAUAAAUCACAACACUCUAAAGUUCUGUCGGUUGGUGUUAUAAUGUCAGGUCUCGGAGGUUGCCUAGUAUCCAUCAUUGGAUUGUCUGACUUUAACUUUACCGCUGAGCAAGAAACAGACCCCAAUCUACUUAAAGCUAUAGCUCUUAGUUUUCUACUCAUGGUCUCUGUAGUAAUAACUUUUCCAACGACUUUAAUCUACGGUCGUUACUUGCUUCAUCAAUACGAUACACGGACUAAGGAGGAUGGAGAAAGAAACAACUGCGGCUGUAGUCAUGAGGAAGACAGGCACACGAAGCAUCUGUAUAACAGUCAAAAAACUUCUGAACAAUUAAAUCCUAGCGAGACCAAUGCUAAGCUAAACUAUUCCAAAUUUCCAUGUUCAGCUCUUCAAAAGACUCAGAAUGUUAAUGUAGAUCUUUCGGAAAAUGUAGAUUUCAAAACAGUACAAUCUGAAGCACCCAUAACAUUUGAACACGAUCUGAACAUCAAAGACAAAAAAAAAAGAAAUCGAAAUCUCGUUAAGUCAAUGGAAUAACUAUAGCGAUGACGAGCACCAGAUUUUAUGCCCUAUAUCAAAUCAUUUCUAUGAGUAUAAAUCAGUUUAUGAAGGAACCAGAACGAAAUGUGCUAAGCUAAUCUCUUUCACAGUUUUCCGAUUAUUUGCAAGAUUUAUUUCCCAACUAAAAAAUCCUUGGAGAUCUUACAAAGUCUAUUUUGUAUUUCUGUCUUGCCUGCUCGCCUUUUUCGCAUCGAGUACGAGCAUUUCAUUCGAACUUUAUUUCACCCAUUUUGUGUCCGAGGGAGUAUAUCAAGGUAAAGGUGACGCGCCCCAACAGGAUGAAGCUAAACAAAGAUAUGACAGUGGAAUGAGGACAGCUGCAAUAGGGACUUUUGUUUUCCAGUCCGUAUUUUUACUCUAUAAUGCAGUUCACCAGAAAAUUUCUUCAGAAACAGCUCUGGUGUAUGAGUUCAUGAUUGUAUCGUUGCUGCUGGUGCCUUCACUGCUGGCAUUUGUCCUGACCAAAACACUCGUUUCAUUCUACGUGACCAUCAUUGUGAACGGAGCUUUCCGGACUGUCUAUUUUACCACACCAUACAUAUUGGCUGCUGAGACAACGCGAUUGGACGAAGGCGACCAGACAGAGCACACGGCUACCUCCAAAACCAACCUAUCAUCCGGGAACAGUUCAGAUGCUGCGUACGGAUCGGUGAUAUCCAGCGUCGGUACUAUGGGGCCGUUAAACUUUAUCUUGGUGUCAAGCUUCAUGGGGCCUCUCCUAAAGGCAACACAAAACCCUGCCUGUCCUAUGUUCUAUUCGAUCUCUGUGGCCAUAGUGACUGUAGGAGUGUCCUUUAGCAUAAUAGUCAGUAGAUACCGCUAUCAGCGGACUAAAUCAGGCAUGGUAAGAUAGUUUGUUAACCAGCAGUGUCAGACGCGAGAUUGGCUUCUACAAAACUACCUAUUUGCGCUACUAGUGUUUAAACAGAUUGGAAUCGAUGUGUGUAAUAAUUUAAUAAAAUAUUUAGAAACCUUUAGAGGCGUGUAAGACAAAUCAUUAAAUUUGAAAUGAAUAUCCAAGUACAUAUUGUUUUUAUGUAGCCUAAAUAUGUGAAAAACAUUGUUGAAUAGAGACAUCAUUAAAAGCUAUUUUUAGUCUUUGGAUGUUAAUGUCACCAAAAUGUUGAGGAAAUGUUGGUCAGUACAUUUGAAAAGAGUCCACACGGGCAUUGGUCAGUCUCGUUGAGCUUUGUGAGUUGUGUCUCUCCAGACAGCAAAGUCUUAACCACAGACUUAUAUAAUAUAUCUAGACUGGAAACCGGAAACAAAUUCUUAUCCGCGAUUGAUCGAUUCACAGACCUAUAUAUAUAUCUAGGUAACUCUUUUUCAAGCUCUAAUGGAAGUCGCCCCAAUCAAUCUUUUCUGUCUUAGAAAAGUAAUGAUCUUUAUUUUUCAAAGUUUAGAAAUAAUGCACAAUCAUUUCUCGGAUUUUCUUUAGAAUGGGCUAUUAAUCUUUUUUUUUUCC